AUGUUGUACAACUUGUUGAUAAGGGAUGGACAUAAAUAUGAGCCCGUUGUUGAUCACCUUAAGCAAAUGAUAAUUUCAUACAUUCAUGAGGUUGGCCAGAUGGAUGUUGACAUUGUUGCAGUGCUGCAAAGGAAGCCAAGUGUACUCCCUAAAGAUAACCUUGAUGGUUUUGACAAAUUGAAACAUGGGAAGAUACCAAAGGAUGGAUGGUGUGUAGCUUUUCAAUUGAAGGAGCAGAUUGAUGCAUACUUUCACAAAGUUUGUUACUUGCUCGAUGACAAACAUUUAUUCUCCACUUCGUGCAUGGAGUAUAUCUUGGACUUCGUCAACAAGCACAAGGGUAACAAAAAAAGGUGA